GAAAGGGAAGAUGUUCAUGACCACUGCGGUACUAUGUGAAUCGCUCUUGCAAAAAUUUUCAGCUUCUCGUUCUCUUUCUGAAACCAAAAAGUUGCACGCCUUUAUCCUCACCGUUGGUCUAUUCUCUUCUUCGCACCUUUGCUCCAAGCUUGCCACGACCUACGCACAGUGCCAGCAUGCGUCCUAUGCGUCCCACCUGUUUGAUAAAUUGUCUCAACCAAGUUUGUUCUCCUGGAACGCUAUGAUGAGGACGUAUGUUCAAACUGGUCGCCCCCUUGAUGCCCUCAGCUUGUUUCUUGAAAUGCUCGGCUCGGGUCAGACUCUGCCUGACAAAUUCACGUACCCAGUUGUUGUCAAGGCUUGUGGUGACUUGUCUUUGAUUGAUAUGGGUGCUGGGGUUCAUGGGCAGACCUUUAAGUUUGGCUUUGAUUCCGACACAUUUGUCCAGAACACUUUGUUGGCAAUGUAUAUGAAUGCUGGGGAGAAAGAAGCAGCACAAUUGGUUUUUGAUUUGAUGCAGGCACGAACUGUCGUGUCUUGGAAUACCAUGAUCAACGGUUACCUUCGGAAUAACUGUGCUGAGGAAGCGCUGAAGGUUUAUAGAAGAAUGAUGGAUGAGGGUGUGGAGCCUGAUUGUGCAACCGCGGUUUCAGUACUGCCUGCUUGUGGGCUUUUGAAGAAUGUAGAACUUGGGAGGGAGGUUCAUGCGUUAGUUCAGGAGAAAUGGUUAUGGGAAAAUGUGGUAGUUAAGAAUGCAAUGCUGGACAUGUAUGUUAAGUGUGGUCAGAUGAAAGAAGCAUGGUUGUUGGCGAGUGGGAUGGAUGAAAAAGAUGUGGUGACAUGGACAACUUUGAUUAAUGGAUACAUGCUGAAUGGGGAUGCAAGAAGUGCUUUGAUGCUUUGUCGGAUGAUGCAGUUGGAAGGAGUAAAACCAAAUUCAGUAAGUAUAGCUUCCUUACUAUCAGCAUGUAGCAGUUUGUUUUCUUUGAACCAUGGCAAGUGCCUGCAUGCAUGGGCAAUAAGGCAAAAGCUCGAGUCUGAGGUGGUUGUGGAAACUGCCUUGAUUGAUAUGUAUGCCAAAUGCAAUCGUGGCAACCUCAGUUUCAAAGUAUUCAUGCAAACCUCUAAAAAGAGAACAGCCCCAUGGAAUGCUAUUCUAUCUGGGUUUGUACAUAAUAAGCUUGCAAGAGAGGCAAUAGAACUCUUUAAGCAAAUGUUAGUGAAAAACGUACAACCUGACAAUGCAACCUUAAAAAGUCUUCUUCCUGCAUAUUCUAUUCUUGCUGAUCUCCAACAGGCAAUGAACAUACAUUGUUAUCUUAUAAGAUCAGGAUUUCUUUACAGACUUGAAGUAGCAAGUAUUCUAGUUGAUAUAUACUCAAAAUGUGGAAGUUUAGGAUAUGCUCACCAGAUUUUUAAUAUUAUUCCUGUGAAAGACAAGGAUAUUAUUAUUUGGAGUGCAAUAAUUGCUGCUUAUGGAAAGCAUGGGCAUGGAAAAAUGGCUGUGACACUUUUCAAUCAGAUGGUUCAAUCUGGAGUAAAACCAAAUCAAGUCACCUUCACCUCUGUUCUGCAUGCUUGCAGCCAUGCGGGUUUGGUUGAUGAGGGUUUGUCUUUGUUCAAGUUUAUGCUUAAACAACAUCAAGUUAUUCCUCACAUUGAUCAUUUUACUUGCAUUAUUGACCUUCUUGGACGCGCAGGUCAACUGAAUGAUGCUUAUAAUAUUAUUAAAACAAUGCCUAUAACACCUAACCAUGCUGUAUGGGGUGCACUACUUGGUGCUUGCGUGAUUCAUGAGAAUGUUGAAUUGGGAGAGGUUGCUGCUUGGUGGGCUUUUAAGCUUGAGCCUGAAAACACUGGAAAUUAUGUUCUUCUGGCAAAACUUUAUGCAGCUGUAGGAAGGUGGAGAGAUGCAGAGAAGGCUAGAGAUAUGGUAAAUGAGGUGGGAUUAAGAAAACUACCUGCUCAGAGUUUUGUGGAGGCCAGAAGUAUGUGAAUUGGAAAUGUUUACGUAGAUUACAAUGUCAGCUAAAUAGAAUUUGCCACAAACAUGAAAGUUCUGUCCAAAUGAGUGUCAACAUCAUCAUUGCUGUAGCUUUGACAGACCCUAUAAAAUGUGAAAGGUAUUUCCCGUAUUUCCCUCAUAGUGGAGGCGAAGUUCCUCCUUGUUGCCGUCAUGUUAACUAUGAUGGAUGGAAUGCCUGUAUUGUAGGUGACAAAUUGCUUCAAUAAUGUUUGGCAAGCAGAGAUUUAGACUCCAAUUUCCUUGAUAUACUUCUGUUGCUGCACAGUAGCCAACAUCCACCGGUGCCUAAUGCAAGCAAACCCGAUAAACAUACAGUUGACUUGUCUCUUGCCUUAGUUUCUGUGAAAGCCUAUCAAACACACAGUCCAACCAAAGGAUGAUACCCGGCAUCUUGCCUGCCAAAUACGAACAAAGGAAGAUGGGGACAAAAAUGCUUCACCAAAAGUUGUUUCAUUCACCUCUAUUGAUGACAUAUAAGGUCUUAAUACAUCGGCUGGCGGGUCCACAGAUUUUUGUGUUUCUGAUGAUCUAUUUGAUAAGGAAGACAGCGCUGGAGAGGAGAUCAAGUAUGUGGUUUCUGAGUUCCAUGUUCUAGUUGGAAGAUAUCAUGUGAAAGAAAGCUUUGCUUCCGUCUGAUGGUGCAUCUUUGAAAAGUAUUGGGUUAUAGGAUUAAGCUGCCGCUUGGAGUCGGUCGUCAUGGGGUAGUAUUACAUUGUGUAUGCAUUGUGGUCCAAGAGUUACAAUCUGCCCCAAUGAUCCAAUUAACAAAGUGAAGAAAUUGUUGGCUUUUCUUAAGGAUGUAGAAUCUGCUCGACUUCAUGGAGGUGCAAUUGCUAACUCUGAUAUGAAGUGGAAUCAUUGAGGAAACAAUCUGAACCGGAAACUUUGGCUCGGAAAUAAGAGGUAAACUGAUUAAAAUAAGAAUUGAAGAGAUCCUAGAGCUUUUGAGCGACCAUGAGCUGAAGGCUUCCGAUUUGGACAAGAAAAGCUGUCUAUCAAGUUCAAGGUUAAUGAUUUGGACAGCAAAAUCCUUGCUAGACGAACCACAGUAACUGCUAAGCUGAUUCGUAUUUGAAUUGCACCCAUAGAAGUGUUUGAUGAUAUUACUGAGGAACGUCUUUAUCAGAACAUUUUUGCUUCUCAUUUCGGUGGCAAGAAAAUUUUGAGGCAUGGGUACAAGAUCCUUUACAUGUAAAGACCUAUUGCUACAAAUAAUAUUCUCCGCUAAGCACACGGGAGAUAUCAUUUUAAGCUGGGUAAUAUGGUAUGAACACAUAUUUACACCCGACACACAUGCACCCAUACCUCGGGUUGAGGGCAGUGUGAUCAUUACAAUGAAUUUCGUUUAUCUAAAUACACCGCUUCGAUCCCUCGGUGUAUUAUUUGCCUGUAUUCUUGUACUUUAUUUGUGCAAUACCGAUAGUCCACGUUCCUGGUGUUUCACUUGGUUGUUUGGAUGGCGCGAGAGGCGUGGAGGAAAGAUACAGGGUAAAGAUAUUAUAGUUUUUCUAUAUUUCAUUUUCCCUUCUGAAUUAGACGUUUAAAAAUCUUUUGAAUCCGUAAGUUAAUUAUUUACAAAU